AUGCACUACGUCACACAGCGCAUAGGAUACAACGAGUGGAGGGAAUUCUGUGGACUGGCUCGUAUUGACACGCUGGAGGAUCUGAAAGUAGUUCUGCGAGACGACAGGGUUGCUGAGAUGAUUCUAAACAUGUACCAGCAUCCAGACAACAUUGAUGUGUGGCUUGGAGGACUUGUUGAAAACUACUUGCCCAAUGGCAGGACAGGUCCACUUUUUGCUUGUUUGAUUGGAAAACAGAUGAAAGCCCUGCGUGAUGGUGAUAGGUUUUGGUGGGAAGCUGAUGGUGUUUUCAAGCAGAAACAGAAGGACGAGCUUUUAAAAGGUUCUCUGUCUCGUGUCAUCUGUGACAACACAGACAUUCAGGAAGUCCCUUCUGAUCCCUUCCGAUUUGGGAAAUUCCCAAGUGAAUAUGUUACUUGUGGUAACAUACCUUCAAUUAACCUGGAAGCCUGGAGGGAGGAGACAAACAAAGACUAUGAACUGUGUGGUUCUCCAACCCGGAUUCAUAACGGAGAUUAUAUUUUGACUUUCAAUGCUGGAAAAGUGACUGCUCUGUACUCCUGUUACCAUGGUUUCAUGUUAGAGGGGGCUGCUGAAAUCAUUUGUGAAAAAAGUGAGUGGCAUCCUGAAGCCCCAAGAUGUACAGGUAAGUGAUUAGUUUCCUGUCGU